AUGGAAAAUAUGGAACCAAACACCAUUAUAAUUAUUCCUUCCAGUGACGAUGAACAACAGAUUCAUAAUGAUGACCCUCAAGAGGAAGCUCUUCGUGUAUUUUUAGGUAUGGUAUUAAUUACGGCAAUAGUAAUAUGUGCCCAUUGGUGUAAACUCGCUGUACAAUCAAAUUCAGGUACCCAAUUAAUCCAAAGAAGUGGUUCAGAAGCUGACAACGUCACCAAUGAAUUGCCAUCCAACAAUUUAAUCCCAGCUACUGGAAGACAACUGUCCCCCGAAUUAAAUGAAGAACCAAACAUUGGUGCCAAUGUUGGCUCUAGACCAAAUUCUGGUGGGGAACUCCAUGUGGUUUCUCAACCACAGAAUUUCUCCUCUGACACAGAUUUGAUUACUGUUGCUGAAAACUUUGGUUUGUCUGACCUUGCAGCAUCAAGACAGGGUGUAGAUGGAGUCAAUAAUGAAAUUUUGAAUUCUGUGGACAAUCGCGCAAGAAAUUUUAGUGAGAUUGAGGAUUCGCAAUUGGAUCAAGCAAGAAGAACUCAAAAAAGGAUUAGACUUCAUCCACAAAAUCAUUCUUCCGUUCAUGAUUCGACAGUGAGAAUGUUAGACCUCCAGUAA